GUUAGGUUCAGCCAGGUUCGGCUGGCCUCGACGCUUUCGACGUGACUUGCGUGACGUGUACGGGUUACCGGCGUAAACUUGUUUACAGUUGUUUCUCAUUGUACUUACUGCAUACGUACGUAAUCGUCGUGCUUCUCACACGAAUUAACAAUGUUAGUGCUUCUAAUUACAAUAUGCAUCCUUUCCGGCACGCACGCCGCGACACCCGCGACACUCGAGCGAAUGCACGACGAGCAACUUCUGAAUCUCAUAAAAGUCGAAAAAUACGUAAUCGUUCUAUUUACAACUAAUGAUUGUCCAGAGUGUGAAGACUAUGAAAAGACUUUGGUUCACCUGCGUGAGGAUUUCGUCGAUAUCAUGUCUGCAUGGGUCGUUAAGACUGUUGAUAGUCAAUUACUCCAAUUAUAUAGCAACUCUAAAGAACCUGUUUUGCUAUUCUUCCGACAUGGGCUUCCUCUGUUGUAUGAUGGACCUUUGGAGAGUGAAGAGAUAGUAACUACGUUUACAGAAAAUAAAGCACCCACAGUAAAGGAACUUACAGAUGAUACGUUUGAGCAUUUGACUCAAGCAAGCACUGGUGCUACAACUGGCGAUUGGUUCAUUAUGUUUUAUAGCACGGACUGUGUACAAUGCUUGCGUACGAUGGCAAAGUGGGAAACGGUCGGCGCUAAGCUUAAAAAUAAAGUAAAUGUAGCGAUCGUUAAUAAAGCCACAACUGGGAUUUCCACAGCCAGAAGAUUCAGCGUUAUCAAUGUUCCGCAAUUUAUAUUCUUUAGGAAUGGCAAAAUGUAUAGAUAUGAUAUAGGAGCAUAUGAUAUUGCUUCUCUUGUAACAUUCACCAAAGAAUGGUACAAACAUAUAAGACCAGAAGAAGUACCUCCACUUCCGAGCUACUUUGACGAGUACACAAAAAUAAUUAUAGCUUUUCUUUCUGCUAAUCCAUGGGUACUCAAGUUAACUAGUAUUUGCAUUGGGGUGCUAGUUAUUGUUCUAGCAACUAUUAAAUGUAUACAAAGAGAUGAGGCUCCAGCAGAGAAAGAAGACUAAAUCUAUUGCAUUUGAUUUGCCAAAAAAGAUAUAUGCGAAUGUUUCUCUGUACAGACCAUUGUCCAUAGUGCUAAAAAUGACUUUUGAUUGUACGUUAGAAGUUAUUGCACACAUGUAAAAGAUA